CGCAGACAUAUUUACUUCUUCUAAGGGCAUUUCGCUCGUAUAGCAUCAGUUUUAGUGAUCAACCUCCAAAAAAGUUUCAUCAUCAGGACCACUUUUUGAUUGUAAAGGUCUUUUAACUCCGCAUCCCCUCACUUUCGGCUUUCUUGAUCGUAUCUUGUGCUAUAAGAUGCAUCUUUUUGUUUCUUUGGCUACACAUAAGUCAUCGCACUAUACUCCUCAAGCCGCAGCCUCUCAGCUCACGUUCUCAGUCACUCUGCCUCGCUGUUAGUCACUCUGCUCACCGUCACAUCUCACCGUCACGUUCGCGUUCGCUCUCAACCUCUCCGCCGCUAUCGUCUUCGCAUUCUCGCUUUCCCGUUCGAAGAUUCCACUUAGUCUCAGACUCGCCUCAGCCUCAGUUUCUCUGCAAUUUUAUUUCGCCCUUUGUCUCCUCCUUUGGGAAAAAAAAGGGAUUAAACAGCAUUGGAGAUUGAAUAAGUGGCAUUAGUAAUUAAGGAGCCAUCCAAACAAGAAGAGAUCACAUUGAAGACUUGAUUAGGGCUGCUCUGUAUUGCUCAAUUUUCAAUUGAGAGUAUCGUUGGAUUGUUGAAGGGAUACAUAUGAAUCCGAGCACAUGCUGUGACAGCUGCAGCCAAUUGAACAGCUGAUAUCCUUGGAGGACACCAGUCAGAGUCGGAGACCUGUCCGGUAUUGCUCCACCAUCCCAGGUUCAGAAUUUUGUAGCUGUCCAUGACAAUGAGUGCUACGGCUUUCAGUGCUAUUUGUUUCAACAAUGGCUGCUUGUGGAAGGCGGAGAAGCCAUCCAAGUUUAGGAAGCGACAUGAGGUGAGGCCAUUUGUCAAUUGUAUGAUGAAGUCAAGUAAUUGUGCUUCACGAAGUACCGUUCGUAUUGGUGUUCUUGGAGCUAGUGGCUACACUGGUGCUGAGGUUCUUCGGCUUUUAGCAAAUCACCCACAAUGUGAGGUUACUCUAAUGACAGCUGAUAGGAAAGCUGGGCAGCCAAUUGCAUCUGUCUUCCCUCAUUUUGCUACACGGAAUCUGCCGGAUUUGAUUACAAUUAAGGAUGCAAGUUUUUCUGAUGUGGACGCUGUAUUUUGUUGUUUGCCACAUGGAACCACUCAGGAAAUAAUUAAAGGCCUUCCCAAGCACUUGAAGAUUGUUGACCUAUCUGCAGACUUCCGCCUACGAAAUAUAUCUGAGUAUGAAGAGUGGUAUGGUCAACCACACAGGGCACCAGAUUUGCAAAAAGAAGCUGUAUAUGGAUUGACAGAGAUUUUUAGGGAAGAAAUAAAACAUGCACGCCUAGUGGCUAACCCAGGUUGUUAUCCAACAUCCAUUCAACUUCCUCUUGUCCCAUUGAUAAAGGCUAAUCUUAUUGAGACUAAAAAUGUUAUUAUUGAUGCAAAAUCUGGUGUUAGUGGAGCAGGGCGUAGUGUGAGGGAAAAUUUAUUGUUCACAGAAGUGGCUGAAGGUAUCAAUUCAUAUGGUGUUACCCGACAUCGCCAUGUUCCAGAAACUGAACAGGGACUCUCAGAUGCUGCCCGAUCAAAAAUAACCAUUAGUUUUACCCCACACUUAAUUCCAAUGAUCCGUGGCAUGCAAUCAACUAUCUAUGUGGAAAUGGCUCCAAGAGUUAGAAUUGAGGACUUGCACCAGCAGCUGAGGCAAUUUUAUGAGGAUGAAGAAUUUGUCGUACUGUUGGAAAACGGAGUCAUCCCUCGAACUCAUAGCGUUAGAGGGACUAAUUACUGUUUGAUCAAUGUUUUUCCAGACCGAAUUCCCGGGAGAGCAAUCAUUAUAUCUGUAAUUGAUAAUCUAGUGAAGGGAGCUUCAGGUCAAGCUUUGCAGAAUCUUAACGCGAUGAUGGGAUUUCCAGAGAAUCUGGGUCUUCAUUACCAGCCUUUGUUUCCUUAGAGCAUGCAGCCAAUGAUGAAGCAGAAUCAAUGAGGCCAAAGUCCCAACUGGAUGGACUGAUUACGUAUUUUCAAUGACACUUAGUUCCCUUAAUCCUUAAUCCUUCUUGAAUGAACACGGAUGUUAGCGCAUAGUCAGAAAAUUAUGUAUUUUAUUUUUUUCUUUCAGAGGCACUUUCUCAAAAUGUUAUGGGAAGAAGUCAAACCAAUUGUAUGAUAUAAAUAUGGAGACGCAUAGGUAGGAUGAAAUGUAUAUGAGUUGGCGUAUUUUUAAUGAAGGUUGUAUAAAGGAGACGGCAUUGUAGGGGUAUCUAAGAAGUUCUUAUGAUGUUGGCGACCCUUGACAAAAUUUAGACAAGGGCAAAACUGCAUGUUGCUCAUUUUUAAAUGAUUCAUUACGAUUGCUGUAUUUGGGAA